UGUAGGAUUCCCCUCUGCUUUCUAGGGCCGUUGGUAUUUCCCUGACUAAUGCUGAUACGUGCGUGGUGCUGAUCCGUGGGGAUUGCAGGGGAGGAAGUGUCACCAACUGUGGUUUGAAGUGUUCAUCGGGCUUACAUUCCCAGCCAUGGUGUCAUCAAGUGAAGCCAAAGAGGCCAAGGCGAAGGUGGAGGACUUCAAGAAAACAGUGACGGCAGAAGGCGAGCGCCUGGUCAAGGAGGUGUUCCCACAGCGCAUCCUACACCUCAACGACCUGCUGUCCAAGUCACCAUUCACAGCCACCGAUCUGUCACAGUUUCACAGUUCAUUGAACAUUCCCGUGCCGGAGCCGGAGCGCGAGGGCGAGCAGCCGGCCAAGCGGCGCCGAACCAGCGGUGACGCGGCGGCCGUCGAGGGCACGCCGGUCAUGGUCUUGCCCAGCGGCGCCGUGCCCUGCAACAAGGCCAUCACCGACAUCAUCGAGACGCUCAAGCCGAUAAUCCGACAAGUUAUGGAAGAGACGAAUCUGCUCAAAAUGUGGGUGACCUACAUGAUCCCCAAAAUAGAGGACGGCAACAACUUCGGCGUCUCGAUUCAGGAGGACACGCUGGGUGAGGUGUCUUCGGCCGAGUCGGAGGCGGCCACGUACUUCCACGAGAUGUCGCGCUACUACAGCUUUCGUGCCAAGCUGGUCUCCAAGGUGGCCAAGUACCCGCACCUCGACGACUACCGCCGCGCCGUCUGCGAGAUGGACGAGAAGGAGUUCAUCUCGCUGCGACUCACGCUCGUCGAGAUCCGCAACCGCUACUCCACGCUUCACGACGUCAUCAGCAAAAACCUGGAGAAGAUCAAGAAGCCGCGCUCGAUAAACUCGCACGACACGAUGUACUAAGGUGGCGGUGUGGCGGCCAGGUCACCCGUAUGCAGGGUCAAGUGCGGUGGAGCUGUAAAUUGACGUCGGUUGUGGUCUUGUCGCCGGUGCUGCCCGUAGCCUAAAAUUGGUCCCAUGCGGGACCGGACUAUGGACGCUCGCGGGUGGUGCCAGGAGCCUCUUCCCUGUUCGUGUCUUUGCACCAGUAUCGCCACACCGUCCCAUGUAUUGGACAUCUUGUAAGGCAUCUUGUUGGUGUCACUAUCCGUGAUCAACGUAGUGUGAUAAAUCAGCGUGUCAUAGAAGUGAAUAAAUUCCACACAAACGUU